UAACUUUUUUACACAAAAGGGUGGUGGGUUUAUGGAACGAGCUGCCGGAGGAAGUACUUGAGGCAGGUACUAUUGCAACUUUUAAGAGGUUUUAGAGGUAUAUGGAUAGGUUUGGAAGCCUAUGGGCCAAACACAGGUAGGUGGGACUAGUGUAGAUGGGACAUGUUGGUCGGUGUGGGCUGGUUGGGCUGAAGGGCCUGUGUCCACACCAUAUGACUGACUAGAGGGAAUAGGCUUAACGAUAAGAAGUGUAUCAGUGUAACGAAAGAGCUGAUUUACAUUGCAUUGCUUACAGUGAGGAUUGGAGUUCACCAGUUGAUUUUCUUCAUUUUCAGUGAGCACAUUCGCGAAAUAAAUCUUGAACCAAGAGUUUUAAAUCAAGAAUUUUAAGGAAAGCUAGCUUCUUCAAAGUUUACAACUUCUCAUAUGAUAGAGAAGUCAGAGGCUGAAUCUAUGUUGUCUGAUGAACUAGAACCCAAACCCGAGUUGCUGGUGCAGUUUGUCCAGAAUACAUUUAUACCCCUGGGAGAAGGUUUUGAAGAAUCAGAACAAGGUGCAGUGCAAUGCCUAUUUCCAACUAAAGCCAGUAAGAGUGUGUUACCCAACCAAACCGUGCCCUCUGAGGACCCCUCGGCUUCUGCUCUCUCUGUGCCGACACAAGUUGAGGUGCCAGACGCCAGCAAGAGGCCAGCCUCUGGAGAGAACGCCGAUGGAAGCGCACCGUGGUACCUCCGCGUUCAGGAGCUGGCGCACGACAGCCUCGUAGCAGCGACCAGGGCACAGCUGGCCAAGGAUUCAAAAGAUGCUGAUGAAACCUGCAGUGCGUCCAGCUGUACGGAAGGCGGGUCGCCCGAGGUGCCACGCAACAAUCCUCAGGGCGAGAAAACUCUCAAGUGCUCGUACGAAGGCUGCAGCAGGACCUUCCUCUGGCACGCUCAUCUGAAAUACCACCUGAAGACGCACAAGAAUGACCGUUCGUUCAGCUGUCCAAAGGAGGGGUGUGGGAAGAGUUUCUACGUACUCCAGAGAUUAAAAGUACACAUGAGGACUCAUAACGGAGAGAAACCCUACACCUGUCCUGAGGGUGACUGUGGGAAGAAGUUUACAACAGCCGGCAACUUGAAGAACCACAUGCGAAUUCACACAGGGGAGAAACCGUUUGUCUGUGAAGCAAGUAGCUGCGGGCGAUGUUUUACGGAGUACUCCAGUCUACGCAAACACAUGAUCGUGCACUCGGGUGAGAAGCCUUACCAGUGUAGCAUCUGCUGGACGACGUUCUCCCAGAGUGGCAGCAGAAAUGUCCACAUGCGGAAAUACCACAAUGUCCCCACGCCCUUCAGUGAACAAGAUGAGGCCGCAGCCACUGCCCUGCCUGAUGAUAGUGUGGAAGGCCAGUCAGAGGUACUCGCAGAACGUUCAGUAACGGCGGCUUCUGUGCAGUCACUGUCUACCCUGGAAGCCCAGCCUUUGGUGAUGCCACACAAUAUACUUGGUGCAGAAGAGGAUGUGUUACCCGAGAGUUCACUGUUGGCUUCUGGCACCACAACAACAGCAUCUGUGAUGGUUCUGCCCCAGCCUCACCACCUUGUCACCAUUGCUUCUGUGGGACAUUCUUAUGAGGAAGUAGUCACCAUGUUACUAAGUGAAUGGCUGUAAAUCCUCUUGUUGGACCAUGUGCCCUACAUUGUGAUUGAAGGACAACACAGAAUGGAGAUCAAGAUUGCUGCUGCUGUGAUUGCGUCUCCCACCACUUUAUUAACACGUCUGCUCUGUAGUUACGCAAGAAAUCAACAUCCAAAAGCAAUGAUGCUGGGUACAUUUCUCAUUCUAGCCCUUCAUUGCACAUUUACCCAUGUAUGCAAGAUCCCAAUGACAUCCUGCAUGGGGGAAGUUAAUCAAAGUUUGACUACUUCAUGGAACACCAGAGAGAAGUAGACUGGUAUUUAUUAGCAAACAACCAUUUAACUUGCAACCCUGCAGUGAAUGUCGUCAAGUACUGGCAUUGUGAAAGGCCUAACAGAUCUUGCAGAUCAGUAGAUGUGGAUGCUGGGAGAAUUCUCCAUGUAUUCUAGCCUCCAUUAACUGCCCUGUGUGGCCCCCCAAGUCUUAUUCCGCUGGGUGGUUUCAUUCCCCUGGCAAGGCGACACUGCUGAUUAUCAGAAUCGCCUGUGGACAUUAGCUUCUGAAUAAAUCAGCGGGUUCAGUGACUGAUUUCGCCGAAGCGUUUGUGUUUAGAUUACUAAAAAGUCUUCCAAAUAUCUCUUCAUGCGCCCUUCUCGAAUCGGGUGUGAAUGCUGCGUGAAUUUUGUUAUACUUCACAUUAAAUAAAAUAUGUUUCUACCAUC